CUACCACCUCCAUCAUUUGACGGACUCUUCAACGCCACAGAGGCCGGUCCAGUUUGCGCCCAAGUGGAUGUUUUCUACACGCCAAAUAACCUCGUGGCUCCCCUGUCCAGCGGCGAAGACUGCAUCCGCAUCAACGUCCAUGUGCCGUACGACUACCUUCCCGCAAUCAACGCAACCAGCAACUCAAGCAACCUCCUGCCAGUCCUGUUCUGGAUCCACGGAGGAUCGUUCUCUUACGGCUCAGGGGACGCCGACGUGCACGGGCCUGAAUAUCUGAUGACCAAAGACGUUAUUUUGGUCACUAUCAAUUACCGGCUUCACGUUUUCGGUUUCUUGAGCUUGGAUAACGAGUACAUACCUGGAAACAACGGGCUAAGGGAUUGCAUCACGGCUCUCAAAUGGGUGCAGAGUAACAUCAGGAACUUCGGAGGGGACCCUGCCCAAGUGACAAUAGCCGGCCAGAGUGCCGGAGGGGUCAUAGCUCAUCUGCUAUCAAUUUCUAAUGUCACAAAAGGACUUUUCCAACAAGUAAUGGCAUUGAGCGGACAUUCCAUCGCUGGCUUCUACAGUUAUUCGCCAUCCUACGCAAAACUCAUCAAUGCCAUCUUCUUGCCUGCUGCUGGAAUAAACCCGCUUCAAACGCCAAAGAAGAUCUACGAGGACCUCGUGGCAGCUCCUCUAGACAAUUUACUGCGCGGCCAAAAAGUUCUGUUAGACAAGUUUGGUCUUGUGUCCUUUACUCCCGUCAUUGAGAACGCUCAACCAAAUUUCACGACUGUCAUAUCUCAAUCACCAGAAGACCUCUUGAACGCUGGAGCUGGUAAAGACUACCCCUUGUGGAUCGGCUUCUGCAGUAAUGAAGCCGCAGAUUUCAAAACGAGAUUGGAGGAGGUUAACAUAGUAACGAAAUUGAGGCUGCAGCCUUCAUUGACGUUACCACUGAACUUGUUGUACUCAGCGAACCCACUGACGGUGCCGGUUCUGACGACGCUGCAGCUAGCGGAAUACUUAAACGUGACUUCUAUAACCCUUGAGAAAUUCUUGGUGGCAGCAACUGACUCGUAUUACAAGUAUCCAAGCCAUCGACUAGCCCUUAAGAGGUUGAGAGUGAAUGCGUCGAACACUUAUUUGAUUCAGUUCUCGUAUCCAGGAGAGAAGAGCGUAUUAAAGGACGCUUUCAGCCAGAGCUGGUCGGGAGCAGCCCACGUGGAAGACAUCGCAUAUUUCUUCAGGUUCAACCAUUUUCUUGGACCUCAGCAAGAGAACGAGUUGGUUCCUACUUCCAAUGAUAAUAUCAUGAGAGCCAGGAUAACUAAUUUGAUCUACGCCAACUUCAUUGUCAGGGAUGCUCCAUUUAAUCUCCAGAUAUACCAGUACAUAUCCAUAGAGGGGCCUUACGACAUUAGAGACGAAUUGAUUAUCGACCAAAAUGAGGACACCUACUUCUCCAACUUGUAUUCUGUUGGUGGCCUUGGACCUGUUUAAAAGUUAAGUUACCAUUACCAGUGCCAUGCUGACCAGGUUUCUCUUCAGCAUUAUAACCCGAUCAAGUUAACUGUGCAUCUGGAAGCCGUGCGUGAUUACCUCCGGUACGGGGAUACCGGUGGGACAUCAUCCCUCUAUUGCGUCGUUGGGUGAAGCUUGACACCUAAAUAUGUCAAUAAAUUAUUUUAUUUCUAACACUCUUUUAUUCGGUCGUCGUAUAAGUAAUUAACUAUGUAAUGGAAUCUAAGAAUCUGAAUUACACGCACUUUAAUUCUUGUAUCAUCAUGAAACUUGGCAAUUAUAUGUAGAUCAGAUGACAGUACAAAUGGUACCAUCGAGUUGGUCUGAUGGGACUGGAAAGUGGCCAUAGGAACUCCUAAACGAAACGGCGGAAUCGCAUCGAGUUUGGGUUCAUUGGAUUUGUCUUUUCGAGCACUUUAGUGCUAGAUGUUUUAGUGCAGUAAUUAAAAGCCUGUUUUUAGUUUUUUAAACUAUUAUUUUUUUUAUUAUUCCAUCUCUAACCCUAAGUAUAACUUUUGGUUUACUAAGGCUUUGGAACCUUUGCCAUUUCAAGGCAUUUCUGUACCACUGCAGUAAAUUAUUGCAGAAGACUGAUUUUCCAC